CGAGCAUUUUCAUAACGUUAUCACACAAGAUAAGAAAAAUUCUUUCAUGUUCCUUACCAGAAAUUCACUUUGGUAUUUAACUAUUAUUGAUGCAAAAUGCUGCUUUCUUGGGUCAUAUUCAUUUUAGGAUUUUCAUACGUACUGGCUUUGCCUACUUGUUCCGAUGAUGAAAUUAGCGCUUGUGGGAAUCUCGGGGAGAAAGAUUGGAAGGGUAAGCAAUGGCCGGAAAAUGCGAUAGAACUUGACAAAGCUUGCAGCCAAGUGCAAGGUGCUCUGGAAUGCCAAAUAGCUGUUGCUGAAAGGUGUUCCAAUACUUUACUUCGUAUGUUCUUGGGAUACAUGAAAGAAUCUCAGAAACUGCAUAAAAAACUGUGCUCAACAUUUGAUCCAUUGAGAAUUAAGUUCCUUCGUACCGUACCAUGCCUGAAUUCAGCUAUAGAACAGUUGUACAGUCACUGUAAGAGCCUAACGUCAGUACAGGAAGCUGGGGGUUUUUGUGCGUACAACUUUAAAGUUUUGUCCUGCGUCCAGUCUGGAUUGCAAUCGAAGUGUGGCGAUGAGACAAUGCAUGUUUUCAAUGCCUUGUAUGAACCCAUGAUUGAGUUAGAUAAAAUAUUUUGCAGGAAAGAUGAUAACCUUGUGUGAGAAGAAAUAAAGAGAAAUUAACUGC